AUGAUUAUGCUCAUGCUCAUCCUCUUUCUCAUCCUCUAUCUCAUCCUGUAUCUACGUCAUGCGAUUGUUAUGUUCUUUUUUUUAGAGAACCCAGAGACGACUAACAGCACGCAAGAGGGGCGCGCCUUCAGUCUAGCCCGUCGCUACUUCACCGCCUGCCUAAACACCAGUGCCGUUGAGGACCGCGGCUUUCGGCCGGCCAAAGACAUGCUUACUCGUCUCUUCUCCGGCUGGGCACUUUUGCCCACCGACCAACCUGGCUCCAGAUUGCCGAAUGAUACGAGUCUGGUGCCGGGCAUUUUUGACCUCACCGAGGCUUACGCCCGUUUGUUGGAGUACGGUAGGUCGAACAGCCUCUUCUCUAUGCAACUCGACCUUGAUGCAAAGAGUCCUACUGUGAUACGGAUCUACGUGAGUACUUCACUGCCUAAGUUGAUUUAA